AUGUGUGUGUGUGUGUGUAUUUAUAAACGUGUGCCAGCUGCAAGUUCAACGCAGCCAUCGUUAUAUGAGCAUUAUUUCACUGGACAUCGUUCGAAAAAUUCAUCGAUUACUGUAAACAACGUAACGGGAUUGAGUGCAAAAGUUUUCGAAGACAAAGUAAUGGAACAUGAAGAAAAAUUAGUUGCGCGGCAAUCGGAGAUCAGUUAUAUGGAUGAUAAAAGACUAUUUCAACUUUUUGUGAAAAGCUCAUAG